UAUGUUGAAAAGAGGUUUUUGUGAUAGUGUUAUAGUUAACUUCAGAGGGAUUAAGUGAAAAUGUUUAAAAUGAAUAAGUUUAUAACAGUAAUGAGUUUUGCACUCUUAAGUGCUAGAACCCUUUGUGAAGAUUCCUGUCCACUGGAUUCUAUUAAGCCAAGUCUAAAUGUAACACAGAUGAUUGGAAGAUGGCACGAAUAUAAGAAGACAACCAAUUUUCUGAUUGAUAAUGUAUGCACCACAUACGAAGUAACUUGCCCGAAUAGUGAAAUAUCCGCUUGUAAUGUAAAUUUAUUACCAAAUGGAACAAAUACAGGCUAUACAAACAUUUUAACAGUAAAUGGAACAUCUACAGUGUGGGGCAAACUUACAAUAUUUUUUAAUGUAGAUUCAGCAGACCAAUUUGCUAUUCUCUGGAACUGCAAAGACGACACUAAAGAUUAUGAACUUGCUGCGUUAGUGAGAGAUCUAUCUGAUGAAGACACAAUGAAGAAAAUAGAUACAUUACUGGUUAAUUCCGCAAUCAAAUAUCAGUACGAAUUGGAAAUUAUAAAUAAUACAUUAUGUAGUGGUGCCAAAAAAUCAACAACACAUGUACCCAUAUUACUUGUACUAUUAGUUACAAUAUUUGCAGAUACAACAAAUACAUAAUUAAAUUUUGUAUUGUCAUUUUGUAACAUAUAUUAUUUACUAGAUUUAGAUCAUAUUUUGCAUACUUAUUUUAAAUUAAAUAAAUAUCAAUUAAAUAACUAUAUGGGAAAAUGUUUUCUAAGUUUCACAAAUCUUAUUUAAUCAAUAAUAAAUACAAAAUAUUAACAAGAAUGUAAUUCGUAAGUGACAAAUAAAAAAAAUUUUAUAAACGCAAACCAGAACUGAAAAGUAUGAUAUAUCUUAAGAGAGUUUUAUGUCAAAUUUCAAGAAAUGGAAUUUUAUUCAACCAUUAUUUAUUAAUUAUAAAUUUAAUA